AGGGCGGGCUACAAGGGUUAUGAAAGGGAAGGUGAUUGGUUGAAAGGGAGCUUCCGGAUGUCCUUCCGGCCUAGUCUGGGACGCUACUGAAUGCUGAUAGGACAAAUUGCUGUCAGGCUGCAAGGUCUGCCGGGAAGUGUAGUUUUCCUGGAUCCGUAUUCUCAGACCCCAGAAGGGCUUCCAUGCAGCGGCCGCCGGCGCCAUGUCCCGGGUGCAGGUGCCCUGUCACAUCAAAGGGGCUGUGGCGCUGCAGGUGGGCGAUGUGCGGACGGUUCAGGGCCGGCCCGGCGUCCUGGUCAUCGACGUCACCUUCCCCACUGCCGGGCCUUUUGAGUUACAGGAGAUCACUUUUAAAAAUUAUUAUACAGCCUUCUUGAGUAUCCGUGUGCGUCAGCUUGGAUCCCCCAACCACUCACCCAACAAAUGGAUUACCUGUUUACGAGACUACUGUUUAAUGCCCAAUCCACACAAUGAGGAAGGAGCCCAGGAAUAUGUGUCUCUAUAUAAGCAUCAGAUGCUGUGCAACCUGGAGAAGGUGUUGGAGCUCCGCCUGAUCUUACGGCAGCCAUCUCCACUGUGGCUUAACUUCACGCUGGAGGAGUUGCAAUUUUUUCAACAUGGGCCACAGAGCCCUUCGUCAGCCUUUACCAAGUGGCUCUCCCACCCAGCACCCUACGAACAGCCAUCUCUCCUCCUUCAGCAAGCCCUCCCUGACCCAGAUAAGGUCUCUUCAGAGGUACAGCAGAUGUGGAUGCUGACUGAAAUGAUCCGGGCCAAUCGUACUACAGCCAGAAUUGGUCGCUUUGAUGUGGAUGGCUGUUAUGACUUGAACCUGCUCUCCUACACGUGAACCCUCCCUCGAGGUUGUUUGGCCUCCAGACUUUGUUCGUGACUGAAAUGCUUUACUUUUUAUUCCUGCUGAGGACCAAGGCCAUCCUCAAACAAAAAGAGGCCCAGUAUCCCUUGUCUGCUCCCAGAAUAUCAUUCUCCUCUUUGCUUCUAGUUAGGAUUGCCAAACCUUCUUGGUAUUGAUAAACAGCUUGAAUAUAAGCUCUGGUUGGAAACUCUCCCAUUCCCUGACUUCAGCCUGAACUCUGAGAUGCUGACUUUCCCUCCUUCCCUGCCUCAGCUUCAUCAUAAAAACUCACCAAUGUUUUUUCUUUAGAACCAUUGUGUGCAUAGUAUUGACAUGCUCUAUUCCUUCUAGCACCUUUCACACCUGUGGAUAGUUAUAAGUCCUACCUGUGUAUUACCUAAAUAGUAACUUAUGUCUUCCUAUUGUUUCUGAUCCUGAGCUCAUUUGGACUUGGGAUUACUCCUCCCUAGAGUAUAAUUUUUGUCCACAUACCUGUCAGCAAUAUCAGGUCUUUCAACCAAGCAAGUGUUUUUUAAAGGGUCUACUAUGUGUCCCAUACUGUACUAGGUGGGGAGGAAUACAAAGACAUAAUCCCUGCCCUCAAAGAGCUUACAUUCUAAAGACAUGUACAUAUAUAGGUAUAUACAAAAGACCGAAUUUGAGCUAGUUUUCUACCUCUUUCCUGGAUCUGGCUUAAUUCUAAACCUUUAAAGCCAAACCUGAACUAAUAUUUUGGUCUUUGGAAAUUUCACAGUCAUGGAAAACUGCAAGCAAUAGCCAUUGUCUAAAUAAUAGUCCAAGUAGAGAGAGCCCAAAGGUAUUUGGGAAAGGAUCCCCCAUUUCAUCCUCUGAACUGACUAGAACCCCUCUCAGAUACCCCUGAGAUUCCGCAGGUUGUCAGCUGCAAAGCAACACCUUUUUUCCUAGUCAGAUUAUGCAAUCACAGAUUGGAGAAAGAAGAAGAGUUGAGAGAGAGCUGGAGCUGGAUGGAUUGGGACCUGUUUUAGGACUAGAUUACUCCUCUCUUUUUCUCCCAGUCUCUCUUCCAGCUCUCUUCCCCUUCCCCACCUCCCCAGACAGGUUUAUCUUUGCCGAUGCUGAGCUAUGCUGAGCCAGGCAGACACUCUACCUAUCAUCUAAUCCUCAAAGUCUAUGCCAUGCUAUCAAGGGUACUUGCUUCAAAUGAGUCUUCUUUUGAGUAUACUACUUCCAAUAGGUAGCCAACUUCCCUACUGUGAUUAAAAGGAAUAAUGCAUUAUCCCAGUUUUGGUGCCCAGCACAGUUUAUUACUAAUAAUACUUCAGUACUUGGCAAGCCAUGAAUUAGUCUGUUGAACUCAGGGACGAAGUACAGAACAGGAGUUGGCAGCAGAAAGAUAUUCCUAUAAAAAAAUAUGGGCCACUUUAUUCAGGUGGACAGCAGAAGCCUGCCAGAUCUUUGUUCUCUUAACUACUGCAGAAUUUUGGUUGUGUAGCUCCUGCUAGGCUAGCAGUACUCUAAAGACUAGAUUAGUACUCAGAAGUAGGAGCUUAUGAUGGCUCAGCAGCCAAAGAGUUAAUUGUUUUGACUAUUACUUCCCCCCCCCCUCCUUUUUUAAUUAAAGUUUAACUAUUUUUCUCCUUAAUGUCCUCUUCUGACCACAAAAGUAGGGCUUGAUCUCUUCCAAAAGCUAAAUUCCUUCACAUUCCACACAGGCUUAUUUGCUCAGCUAUCACCACAGUGCAAUGACCCCAGCAUUCCCUUGGGAGUCAGGGACAGGUUUAGUUUAUUUUCAGAUAUGGAAGCCAAAGAGAUAGAAAUUCAGUUGGGGUGAAUAGACCAUUCCUAUUGUGUGUACCUGGAUGAGUUGACAAAUUUCUUAAUAAAUUCAACAAGUAUUGUAUCUUAAAGCUUACAGGGAUAAGCAAAUCCACUCCAUAGGGCAAAAGGGGAGGGAAGAGGUGGGAAUGAUUUCAAACUGUUGCUAGGAUUCCCAGAUUCUGAUCCUUAUCUCCAAGCAGGCAGGCCUCUAAGUUCUGCAGGCUUUGGUAAUGUUAUAGAUGAGGGAACAAUUUUCCAUAAAAGUUGUUUUGUUGACAAGUCACAGUAAGAAGCAGAUACGGCUUUCAAACUCGGGUCUUUUGAUUCCAAAUAUAUUGCUUUUCCCACGA